CCGCAAGAAAAGUGCUUGCCAGGAAGUCUGUGGGUUGAGCCGUCCUGGUCUCCUGGCGGGGUCUGCACCCAGUGGUGUGUUCAGCCGCUCGUUGCCUUCACACCUCAUGUUCCGGUCUCGGCGAGCCAGCUUAGCACAACGGCUUUGGAGGCACCGCUGCGUCACGCCCGGCCCCGACGACAGCCACGGGGCAUUGAAGCCGGCAGCCCUGGCCCUCUUCAAGAAGCUCAAGGAGAAGGAGCUGGAGCUGCUGCUGUGGGCGGUGGAGAGCAGGGGGGCGGGCGAGUCGGGCUGCGUCUGGGUGGAGUCACGAGGCUCCAAGCCGGGGCCCCCCGCCUCGCUCCUCCUGUGCCGGCUCUUCCGCUGGCCCGACCUGCGCCACCCGCACGAACUCAAGCGCCUCAGCUUCUGCAAGAGCACCGGCGGAGAAGGCAUCGUCCACUGUUGCAACCCGCAUCAUCUCAGCCGGCUCGCCGUACCUGAGACCCCCCUUCCCCCCUACGGCAAGAUCUCUCCUUUCGCAACGCCUCUGAAGUGCGCCAACACAUUGAACAACAACCGCAAAAUAUGGCAAGACACCAGCCUCUCCCAGCGCUCCCUCAGAGACGGCCACUGGUGCAAACUGGCUUACUGGGAAUACCGCCUUCGAGUGGGGAGGCUCUUCCCCGUCCACGACGACCACGUCAACAUCUUCGCCGACCUCCCGGCCGGCAGCGGCUUCUGCCUGGGCCAGCUGGGCUCCAGGAACCGUAGCCAAGCCGUGCAGCGAGCCCGGGCCAAGAUCGGGCAAGGCUUGCUCCUGAGCCGCGAAGGCAGCGGCGUCUGGGCUUACAACCGCAGCGACCACCCCGUCUUCGUCUGCUCCCCAACCCUGGGUCCUCCCGGCGGCUCCGGGCCGGCUGUUCACAAACUCCUUCCUGGCUACUCCCUCAAGGUGUUUGACUACGAUCGUGCGGGCAACCUGGGCAGCUGGCAGGGCCACCACGAUGGGCCCUACGAUGCCCACAGCGUCCGGAUCAGCUUUGGCAAAGGCUGGGGCCUGUGCUACUCGCGGCGGUUUAUCACCUCUUGCCCAUGUUGGUUGGAAGUUCUGCUGAGCAUCCCUAGAUGAAGAGGGGGGCAAGGAGCCAGGAAAGGGGGCUGGUUUUGCGGGUGGGGGGGAACCCCCUCUCUGAGCCCUGGGGGAGUCCGGGAAAGAUCUACAUAUAUUUCCCAGCUUCCUCGCGCGGGGAGAGAGAGGAUUCUGCGAGAGUCGGGUGGCUUUUGUAAGUUAUCUGUUUCCUUAUAAAUAUACGGGUUGAGAAGGUAGUGUCAUAUAUAUAUAAGUCGAGAAGGUAGCCUGAGGGCGAGCAAGUUAGAAGUAGUCUCAAGGCGGAAUUAGAGCAGGGCCCAAGAAACUCAGGUUCACAGCAGACCGCUUUUCUUCUUUUUUGUAGUUCACAAACCAGUUCAACCAGUUCAGCAGAUUCCUCCCUGGGAAUUUUAGCACUUCUGCUAGUGCGACUGCAGUUUUAUAGUUUCAGCAUCCCUCUCCCUUAUGAAAAAAAACAACAACUACAGUUCUCAAGGAGGGUUAUUUAAAAACAACAACAACACGAAACUGCUUUCAAACUGGAUUUGUCGUGUAAAUGUAGCUGCUGCUUUGGCGAUGGAGGGCAGCUACUCAAAGCAGUCUGCUGGGGCAGAAAUUCAGGUUUGUAAAAGGGGUGGGACUUGGGGCCACCCCGUGAAGCUGAACAGCAAUAAGUGCAGGUUGGAGAAGCAAAGGUGGGGUUUUUUUUGCUGUCAGUUGACAGUAUCCACUGUAGGGAACGUUCUGCUGGCUUAGACGGCCUUAGAAAACGGGGCUGGAAUGAUUCCUGGAGGAGAAUUGACCCACCGACGUCUCUUAAAUGUGGUGGGUAAAUGGAACCUCCAGUUCCAGAAGCAGUCUACCUCUGAAUAUCACAUGCUGGGGAAGGGAAACAACCCACAGCUAGCAAGGGAAACAACCCACAGCUUCCCACCUCAUGCUAGCAAGGGAAACAACCCACAGCUUCCCACCUCGCUUGUAGGACACGGGUAGCCGAUUUAUACCAAAUCAGUCCAUUGGUCCAUCUGGCCUGGUAGUAUCUACACUGACUGGCAGCAGUUAUCUGGGGUCCCUGGCAGGAUUCUCCUCCGGCCCUGCCUGGAGAUAACCAGGAGCAAACCUGGGACCUGUCUGAAUGCAAAGCAGGCGCUCUACCCCGUAGCUAAGGUCUUUUAUGUAAUAAAACGAAAUCCUAAAAUUCCAGUCCUCAUGAUUCUGAAUAAACUGGUGUAUUAAAGAGGAACAACAGAAGCUGCCUUAAAGUGAGCCCGGCCCUUGACCCAUCUAGCUCAAUAUUAUCAAUACACCGAUGGCAGCAACACUCCAGGGUUUCAGACGGGGUCAUUUGCAGCCCAUUUGAAAAUGUCAGCAUUUGAACCCAGGACCUUUUGCAUGCAGGGGAGAUGCCGUACCCGUUGUGAACCUCUGGUGGGCUCCCUUUUGAGGACAGGACGCCAGGCUGAGGAAAAAAACACCCUUUGGUCUGAUGUCCCAGAGUUGUUGGGGAAGUACGGCACGUCGGAAAGCAAAAAAAUAGCGAGGGAAAUCUUGCUUGUGUCCUGACCUUUUGGAUCUCUUAAGUAAGAGCCCAGCUUCGGCUGAGACAUUUCCUUAUCUUUGCCUCCUUUUCUCUUUUGCUAUUAGUGUGCCACAUUUAUUUCUAGUGCGCUGCAUAGAACACAUAACUUGAUAUUUGUGCGGGGGGGUGUGUGUGGUGGAAACCAGUUGUGAACCCCAUCUCUGUUUGAGCAGAGAGAGAGGGCGUUCAGAGGGAUCCUGAAAUGAGAAAGAAGGAGGAAGGGGUGUUUGUGAGGAUGGGAAAGUGGGUCUCGAGGAGAGGGUCAGAGAAGAUAGAUAAAUUAGGUGGGAGGUUUGCCGGGGCAGGAGAAGGCAGGAUGGCUGGAAGGGACUGGAAAUGGGUGGUGGUUGUGGGAGCCGGAGGAAGUUGUACUAUAACAAAAGUAGGAGCCUUACAAUACCUUUUGUAGGUGUGACGGGCCAAGCAAUUUUAUACCCAGUUUAUUUAUUUCAUUGUCAUUUCAUAAAAAUUUUAUACCACUCGAUUGUAAAAGGAAACCAGCGACCCUCGGAAGAGGUUUACAACAAGAAUAAAGCGAAUAGCAUGAUUAAUGCA